UGGAUUAUUUGACACGCUCGCAGCUUGUAAAAGACCUUCAGACCGAGUAGACUGGUUCCGGGAAACACAGACCUGACACAGUAACAACGACAAAAAAGGGAGGGGGGAUCACUUCAUGUUUUGCACAGCUGAGGACAGACCGCCACGUGUGACUUUUAAGAAACGGGAACGAAAAAUCAACUGAAGAACAAAAGUGAUCAGACUGAGAGCUUCCCACUAUCGGCGAAUAUUAUACAACGUACUAGGAUGAAUACGUUUGGAUCCAGCAAAAGGUAUUGAGGAAGGUUCUUCAUCAUUUUGGGGCCAUUUUUUUUGUCUCUCCCUAGGCAAAUGUAAACAAAUGGACGGUUACGGACUAGUGGUUAUACAGGUUUUUUUUUUUCGACUGGCACAGGACACCUUCUCCACACUGUAAAUAUUACAGACUCACCAGCUGGAUUUAAAGAUGUAUAACAGUACACUGAGCGCCGCGCACACUUCCAUGAAGUGCAACAAGAGCGACGACUUCAAGUACCCUCUGUACAGCACUGUUUUCAGCCUGGUGUUUGUCUUCGGAUUCCUCUUCAACCUCAUGGCCGUCUACAUUUUUGGGUGUACGCUGAAGCUGAGGAAUGAAACCACCACGUACAUGAUGAACCUGAUGGUGUCGGACUCUCUCUUUGUCCUCAGCCUGCCUUUUCGGAUCGUCUACUUCAUUAAAGGGGAAUGGAUGUUUGGCAGCGAGCUGUGCAAGAUUUCCGUGGCCCUUUUCUACACCAACAUGUACGGCAGCAUCUUCUUCCUCACCUGCAUCAGCGUGGAUCGCUUCCUGGCCAUCGUGCACCCAUUCCGCUCUCAAAACAUUCGGACCAAGCGGAACGCCAAACUGGCCUGUGUUACGGUGUGGGUGCUCGUUCUUUCCGGCAGUAUCCCCACCGGGUUCCUUCUGGACACCACGUCGCCCAAAAAUGUCAACUCUUCGUCCAAGUACUGCUUUGAAAACUACUCCAGUGACCAGUGGAAGUCAGAGCUGUCCAAGGUGGUGAUGUUUAUCGAGACGGUGGGCUUUGUGAUCCCACUGAUGGUCAAUAUUUUUUGCUCCGCGAUGGUGCUACAGACUUUGAAGAACCCGCAGACCAUCAGCCGCGGCGGCAGCAUCAAUAAGGCAAAAGUUUUGAGGAUGAUCAUCGUGCAUCUGCUCAUCUUCUGCUUCUGUUUCAUCCCCUACAACGUGAAUCUCAUGUUCUACUCUUUGGUCCGGACUAAAGUCCUCAAAGGGUGCCACGUGGAAUAUGUGGUGAGAACCAUCUACCCCAUUUCACUGUGCAUCGCCGUGACCAACUGCUGUUUCGAUCCCGUUGUUUAUUACUUCACUUCAGAGACCAUUAAGAGCUCCUUCAAACGCAAGUCCACCGCGUGGCACAACGGCGUCAAGCUUCUCGACAGGUUGCAAGGGGACAGCACCAAGAGCACCCCAAAUUCUACACCUCGUCUGGCCUUGAGGUCUCUGAAAACCAGGUUCACGGACACAAAGGGUUCUAACUCUAAAGGCAAAUCCACAAUGUGACGCCUUGAGAACUCAUGAACAGACACUUGGUGAAAAAUACAAGGACUCGCAACUGAAAUAGCAAGAGCAAAAGACACUGAAUGGACACGAAUGAGUGGGAAUCAAGACGCUGACGCUUAUUCAGCACAUAAAAAGGAUGACAUUGGACUGUAUCAAUAAUCGUGUCAUGGUGUCGAGACAAAUUCACUGACUUGUGACACUGUGCGCAAGUGACAAGUAGAAUUUUUGUGCACAUGAAAUGUAGGGCUGUUUUUUUUCUUUCUGUGCUGAAACCAGUAUUAGAGUUGUUUUGAUUUUCUUUUCUUUUACUUUCUUGAUGUCAGUUCUAUGUACUUGAGGUCCCCGGAAGGCUUUCAGGCACUUUAAGGAGUGCUACACCCUCAGACUGCUUCAUUCAGUACUAAAUAAAGCAGUUAAGGGCUGGACUUUGCUUGAUAAAGAACCAAGUGUGGUGUGGCUUUUUUUUUUAAUGGAUCAGUCGCUGCUGUGUAACCAAACUAUAAAUUGACACGACUGAGUCAUACAUUUAAUUACGUCACCCCUGACAAUAUUCUGACUGGCUGAUGCCACAAAGGCACAAUGACUCAAACAGCUUUCAGGUGUGGUCAAUGAUUAACAAAACCCAAUGACGUGGCAAGCUUUUAACAUUACACUGGCUCUGAACUGAACAACUUAAGUGAAACAAAAUCACAAAGCAAACUUUGGGCGCUUUGCUUUUAUCGAUCCGAUAUAUCACAAUUGGAACACGUGCCAGGUCAAAUGAAGAAUCCCAAAUAGCUAAUAAAUUGCAAAUUGAACAUUUAUUCAACUCUGGGGAAUCGAUCUAACUGGAAACUGACAAAAGUGAAACCAGGACAAGGGGACAUGGUGUAGCUCCGAGUGCAUGCGAAAUAGUUGUCCUUGCUUGCAAGACUGAGCGUUACAACAUUCCUGUCAGGAAGCUUUGCCCGAGGGUCUGCCCCGACACGGGGGAAAUGCUAGACUACCUGUAAAACAUCAGCAUGCAAGCAACAACACGCUGCGAGAAACGUGUUGGAUUCUUUCACCAAAGUUUACGUCAGACUCGCAGGAUUGCAACCCAGAAUAAUGACAACGCCCCAUACGACUGAGUGGAAAAUGGAAUUAUUCCUAUCAUAUAGGAACAGAAGUCGUUUAACCUAUUCAGAGGUAAUGAAACAAAAGACCAUUGGCAAAGGGCUAGAAACUAUAUAUAUAUAUAUAUAUAUU